AAAUGAUUUCGACUGGUUAAAUGCCACGUUCCAAACUAAUUUAAAAUUGGGGAGAAAAAAAUUCCCAUUUUUGGCAUGAAAAGGAGUCCCAAAAACUAAUUAUGGUAAAACCAGCCAAGAUGGUAAAUCAGAAACAAAUGAAGUAUUCAACAAAAAAGAAGAAGAAGCCAGUUUUGAUUGUUGUUGGAUUCAAAAUUUCUGGUUUUUACUGAUAGCUUUCUCUGUACUUCAUUUUCUACUUUGUCUCACCCUUCCCAUGUCAUAGGUGCCCAUCCCUCUCUGUCCUUUCCCUUCUUUAAAGUUGAAUUCUUUCAUUUUCUUAUUCAAAAUUUGUUUCUUUUGCCCCUCUGUUCUUGAUCAAAUCUCUCUUUCUCUCUAUACUAUUGGCUCUUUUGUCGGUUUUAUCAACGUGGAUCUUUGGGUCUUUUUCAUUUUUUUAUAGAUUUGAUUCCUGCAAAUGUACGGUUGACCAUUGGAUUUUAGUGAAUAAAUCUAUUCUUAUUAGCAAUAUUAUGUAAUUUUGGGGAUUUUGUUGUUUCAUAAAUGCUUUAAGUUUGGUUUUUUAAACGAUACAUUUGAGUGGGAAAAUUUGUUCAUCAACCGAGAAGGAAACAUGGAAGACGAUGGAGUUUUUGUUUGUGAAAUUAAUGAUCAGAAAUGGGUUUUUGGGAUUCAUAAGUAAGGCCAAGACUGGGUCUUCACCUUCUUAUUUUUUCUAUUAUAUACAGGAAUUCUGAGGAUUUCUUUGGUUUUUUGGCGAGCUUUCUGACAGGAAAAUCUGUGACUUUUCGAAAUUUGGGUCACUUGAUACUUGAUAGCAAUCACAAAUCAUGUUGUGUGCUUGUUCCGGAGAACAAUUCAAGUUCGAGGAGGUUCCACAAUCGCCAGAAUCACUUGCUACAAGGGAUUUCUCGGCGAGUGCCCUCUCUUCAAGAACAUGGGAUUGGGAUUCGAGGUUUGAAGAAAGCCAGCUUGAAGAUGUGGAAUGCACUCUUAAAGAAGCUCUCUCUCUGAAUUAUGAGGAAGCAAGGGCCUUGUUAGGACGACUUGAAUAUCAGAGAGGGAAUUUCAGUGCAGCACUUCAGGUGUUUCAGGGAAUAGACAUUAGGGGAAUUGCACCUAGAAUGAGUAAAUCUAUAGCUGAGAGACCCAAACGGAAGAAAGGGAAGUCGAAAAGUGAGCCUGCGCCUACAAAUGUUAUGUCCAUGCACUCUGUGAGCCUUCUAUUAGAGGCAAUUUUACUUAAAGCUAAGUCCUUGGAGGGUCUUGGCCGUUAUAAAGAUGCUGCAAGGGAAUGCAAAACAAUAAUCGAUACGGUGGAAUCUGCACUGCCCAAUGGGAUACCAGAUGGGUUUAUUGAUGAAUGCAAAAUGCAAGAUAUGUUUCACAAGGCCCUUGAAUCUCUCCCUAAGCUCUGGAAGCAGGCUGGCCUUAUUGAAGAAGCUAUCUUCGCUUAUCGUCGAGUACUCAUCAAGCCAUGGAAUUUAGAUCCAAUAAGUUUGGCCGCUAUACAAAGAGACUUAGCUGCAGUUCUUCUAUACAGUGGCAUUGAAGCCAGCCCACAUCCUGAUUUGCAAACCUCCUUGAAGAUCACCCCAAUGUCUAACACAGAGGAGGCAAUUUUAUUACUUUUGCUCCUUAUGACAAAGGUAGCUUCCCAAGAAAUACCUUGGGACCAAGAGAUAUUUAACCAUCUUACAUUUGCAUUAUCUGUAGCUGGGCUCUUUGAGCCUCUAUCUGAUCAUAUUGAGCAAAUUUUUCCUGGUGUUCACCAUAGAGCGGAUAGAUGGUACCUUCUUGCUCUUUGUUACAGUGCUAGAGGAGAAGACGAGGUAGCUUUGAAUUUGUUAAAGAAGAGUUUGGGUCCUAGUGAGAAGCCCAAUCACCUCCCUUCUCUUCUUCUGGCAGCAAAGCUAUGUUCCCAAAAUCCCAAACUUACUCACGAAGGAAUAAAUUUCGGCCAAAGGGCUAUUGAUUGCUCCAAAGAUGACCAUAGGCACGGUGUUGCCCACUUCUUACUUGGAGUAAAUUAUGGGAAAUAUGCUAGGCAUGGUGGGGUGUCAGAUACAGAGAGGAAGGUUUUGCAAGGUGAAAGCUUGAAAUCAUUACAAAAAGCUUUAUUGACAGAGAGACAAGAUCCAUAUGUGAUUCUUUGUCUUGGAUUGGAGAAUGCAGUCCAAAGAAACUUGACGGAAGCUUUGGAUAAUGUAACCAAAUUCCUUGAGGUGGUGGGUGGUAGUUUGGUGGAAGGAUGGAGGCUCUUGGCACUGGUUUUAUCGGCAGAACAACAGUUUAAGGAUGCUGAGACAAUAGUGGACAUUGCUUUAGACGAGACAGAGAAAGAUGAGAGCUUGAGGUUUUUGAGGUUGAAAGCAAUGCUUCAAAUCUCGGAAGGGCAACCCUCUCAGGCUAUUGAAAUAUAUAGAACCUUGCUCACUCUUGUUCAAGCUCAGAGGGAAAAAACUCCUUGGAAAACUGAUAUGGAAGUAGGUUUUGGCAAAAAUUUCGAAAUGAAAGCAUGGCAUGAUUUGGCAGGCAUUUAUACAAGACUUGGGAUGUUCUCUGAUGCAUGUGUUUGUGUGGAUAAAGCAAAAUCCAUCAGCUUCUAUUCACCCAUGAAUUGGCACGCCACAGGCGAGCUUUUUGAUUCCCAGUCACUACAUGGAGAGGCCCUAAUAGCCUUUUCAAUCGCUCUAUCCAUUGAUCCUGACCAUGUUCCUAGCAUGAUCUCCAUGGCCAAAGCACUGAGACAGCAUGGAAAGAAGUCACUUGCCAUUGCUAGAAGUUUCUUGAUGAACGCUUUAAGAUUGCAACCCACUAACCAUGAAGCUUGGUUGAACCUUGGUAUAGUCUCAAAGAUGGAAGGUUCACUUCAGCAAGCUGCUGAUUGUUUCCAGGCCUCAUAUGAGCUAAAACUGUUGGCACCAGUGCAAGACUUUGACUGACUGAUUGAUGUCUUUUUUGGGUUUAUUCAGGUUCUUUUGAUAUAUUACAGAGCUUUGCUUCUUACAGACCUAUCUUGGUGUAUUAUGUGAAAUGAUAUCAACAAAUCACUAAGUAAGUUAUUAAACAAAUAGCAAGUGAAAUAAGCUUAUGAGUGUACUGGUUUGGAUGAUCAGCCCGCAAUGACAGAUGGGUUCAAUGUAACUUUUAUGUAGGUUUACGUUGAUUGAUGGAUGACCCCUUUCUGGUCAGUAAUAUGACAUGGAUUCUGUAAAUUUGGUGGGCUUCAAGCCAAUUGCAACUGAAACAAAGAUUCAGUGUGCUUGUUCAGAAGACUACCCCACUAUGAUAAAUGAGUUCUUCAUAAACUCAAAUGUGGGUUUAGUUGAGUUUCUCUUACGUCAAUCGUUGUUCGGGCUCGUUGGUUGAAACGUACAAAUUCAACAGCUCAAGACGAGCAUGUAAAAUUUUGUCACUGCAGAUUUUAUGGAACUUGGAGCCUUGUUAGAGUCUCAUUGCCAUCUGUAUAAUUUCAUAUUGUAGCAUGCAUUAUAUAUGUUGAAAAUAUACGCGGAAGCUUUAUUUGUUGA